UUGAAGUGAAGAUGAUGACUCUUGCCUCUGUCCUGUUACUUGUCACUGGUGCUUAUGGGUGUGGCACUCCCACCUUUGAGCCUUCUGUGAGCCGUGUGGUGAAUGGGGAAGAUACUCGCCCUUAUAGCUGGCCCUGGCAGAUCUCGUUGCAGUACCGAAGUGGCCCCAAAUACCGCCACACAUGUGGAGGCACCUUGAUCGCCCCCAACUGGGUCAUGACUGCGGGCCACUGUAUCGGAUCUCGUACCUAUCGUGUGGUGUUGGGGGAGUAUGACUUUACGAAGCAGGAGAACUCUGAGGAGAUCAAAAGCGUGGAGAGGAUCAUAGUACAUCCUAGCUGGAACGACAACUGUGUCUCUUGUGGUAAUGACAUUGCCCUGAUAAAGCUGGCCACACCUGCCACUCUAAAUGACAAGGUCCAGCCCUCCUGUCUGCCUGAGAGUGGAGAUGUUGUGGUCCACAAUGAUUCCUGCUACAUCACUGGCUGGGGAAGACUAUAUAGCAAGUAUAGUAGUAAUGGUGGCCCCAUUGCCUCUAAGCUUCAGCAGGCCCAUCUUCCUGUGGUUGGCCACAGCACUUGUAGUAGCAGUGACUGGUGGGGAAGCAUGAUCAAGUCCAGUAUGGUCUGCGCUGGAGGAGACAUCCGCUCUGGCUGCCAUGGGGAUUCAGGGGGCCCCCUGAACUGUAAGGGUAGCAAUGGCAGAUGGUUUGUACAGGGGGUGGCCAGCUUCGUCUCCUCACAGGGUUGUAACACCAUUAGGAGGCCAACUGUGUUCACCCGCACUUCGUCUUUCACCGAGUGGAUCAGUGAUAUUAUGCUGCAUUAUUGAGGACCUGGAUGCCAGUAUUAUAUUCAAUAAAUUCAUUUAAUACAAAGUA